AAGGUGAUUGUUUUUUUUUAGCCUUUAUUAGAAGUCACGCUGCAGUAUAGGAACCUAAAGCAUCAGGCUGAACAAAGUUUUAUAAGUGGAGCAAUGGAGAAUCCCUCGUCAGACAAAGUGAUCAUCAACAACCCAGCAGACAUCACCGUCAUUGUUGGAUAUUUCGUCAUGGUUAUCAGUGUCGGCAUUUGGGCCAUGUUUCGGACCAAUCGUGGGACAGUCGGAGGAUAUUUUCUGGCAGGGCGCACCAUGACCUGGUGGCCGGUUGGUGCGUCUCUGUUUGCCAGCAACAUUGGUAGUGGUCACUUUGUGGGCUUGGCGGGCACUGGGGCAGCCAGUGGCAUCGCUGUGGGAGGCUUUGAGUGGAAUGCUCUGUUCAUUGUGCUGCUGCUGGGCUGGUUGUUUGUACCUGUCUACCUCACAGCUGGGGUGAUCACCAUGCCCCAGUACCUAAAGAAAAGGUUCGGAGGGACCAGGAUCAGCCUCUACCUCUCCGUCAUUUCUCUGUUCCUCUACAUUUUCACCAAGAUCUCAGUCGAUAUGUUUUCAGGGGCUGUGUUUAUCCAGCAGGCAUUAGGGUGGAACAUCUACGUGGCCGUCAUCACCCUCCUGCUAAUAACAGCCUUGUACACUGUUACAGGUGGCCUGGCUGCACUGAUGUACACUGACACCGUUCAGACUAUUGUCAUCAUCGUUGGGGCCUUCGUCCUCACCGGCUUCUCUUUUGCUGAAGUCGGGGGCUACAGCGCUCUGCUGGCCAAAUACAGCUCUGCUAUACCAAGUAACUUCUCCUCCACGGAUCCCCAGCGCUACAACAUCUCCCCCCAGUGCUACACCCCCAGACAGGACGCCUUCAGCCUGCUGAGGGACCCAACCACAGGGGACCUGCCCUGGCCUGGAGUGCUGUUUGGGAUUGCUAUAGUGGGAGGGUGGUACUGGUGUACAGACCAGGUGAUAGUCCAGCGGUGCCUCGCAGCUCGUAGUCUCACCCAUGUGAAAGCCGGCUGCAUCAUGUGCGGCUACCUCAAACUGCUGCCAAUGUUCCUCAUGGUGUUCCCCGGCAUGAUCAGCAGGGUCCUCUACCCAGAUGAGGUUGGCUGUGUUGUCCCUGAGGUGUGUAAGAGUGUGUGUGGGACUGAGGUGGGCUGCUCCAACAUUGCUUAUCCUAAACUGGUGGUGACAGUCAUGCCGAAUGGUUUGCGAGGUCUGAUGCUGGCUGUGAUGCUGGCUGCUCUCAUGUCCUCUCUGGCCUCCAUCUUUAACAGCAGCAGCACUCUGUUCACCAUGGACAUCUGGACCCGCAUCAGACCGCAGGCCGCCGAGCGUGAGCUCCUUAUUGUGGGCAGAGUCUGGGUUCUGUUCAUUGUAGCCGUCAGUAUCUGUUGGAUCCCAGUCGUGCGGGCGGCUCAGAGCGGCCAGUUGUUUGAUUACAUCCAGUCAGUCUCAAGCUAUCUGGCACCACCCAUUGCCUCAGUCUUCCUCCUGGCUGUGUUUGUUAAGAGGGUCAAUGAAAAGGGUGCAUUCUGGGGCUUGAUAGGCGGCCUGGUGAUGGGUUUGUGCCGGAUGUUGCCUGAGUUCUGGUUUGGCUCUGGCAGCUGUAUUUUCCCCUCCAACUGCCCUUUCUUGGUGUGUGGGAUCCACUACCUCCACUUUGCAAUCAUACUCUUCUUCUGUACUUCAGUGCUGGUGCUGAUGGUCAGCUACUGCACCCAGCCCAUAGACGAUCAACAUCUGCAUCGUCUGGUGUUCAGCCUGCGUCAUUCCAAAGAGGAUAGGAAGGAUUUGGAUUGGGAGCAAGAGGAGAAAGGGAGAAGAGCCCGAAGAGAGGCUGAGGAGAGGAUGAGGGAGAACAGUGCUGCAGUGGCUGAAGAGGAGGAAAAGUCUGGUAUCUGUCACCUGGUCGGUCGGUUCUGUGGCAGCGGAGGUGGCGGCUCUCAGGCCCAGGAGCAAGAUACACCUGAGGCAUCAGAGAAGCUGCCUGACAUCAGUGAGGACCCGGUGUGGAAGUACACUGUGGAUGCUAACGCUCUCAUUAUGAUGGCUGUAGCAAUUUUCAUGUGGGGUUACUAUGCUUAGAAGUCCUAUUAAUUGAAAAAGGAUGUGAGUUGGUAUCUAAAAUAUGAUUAAGGUUAAUAAAGGUUGAUAAAUACAGCAGUGUUGCCACCUGUUGGCAACUACUUGUCACUGCACUGCAAAUCAGAGAUGUCAAAAUGAAUACGUUUAAAAUAAACAGGCAUGCAAUCACACUACCAAAAG